AUGCCCUCAAUAGCCCCAUUUCUACGCACAACUCCCCUCUUCACCAUAGCCCUACUUCUCCGCCUAGGUCUACUCUUCUACGGAAUCUACCAAGAUGCCCACUCGGCUCUGAAAUACACAGAUAUCGACUAUCUUGUCUUCACGGACGCUUCCCGAUUCGUCGCAGAGGGUUUGUCACCCUAUGCCCGGGACACAUACCGUUACACGCCACUUCUCGCCUGGCUUCUGACCCCGACUGUCCGUUUUCCUGCCUUUGGCAAGCUGGUCUUUGCUGCGGCAGAUCUACUAGCAGGAUGGCUUAUCCUGCGCGUCCUUAGACGGAGGGGCAUGGACGAGGCCACAGCUGGGGGCUUUUCUGCUUUGUGGCUAUGGAACCCUAUGGUUGCGACUAUCAGCACCCGUGGAAGUUCGGAAGGCCUGCUGGGAGUUUUGACAAUGGGCUUGCUAUGGGCUGUUGAGAGGCGAAGACUCAGUCUUGCAGCGAUCAUUCUGGGUCUGUCGGUUCACUUCAAGAUAUACCCUUUCAUCUACGCACCAGCUAUCGUUUGGUGGAUGGACGAUGCACGUCUAGGAAAUGAGACAAGGCCUUCUGCCCGACCUUCGUCAGCCAAAGAGGCCAUCUCAAACUUCUUUACCUCGGAUCGCCUCAAGUUUGGUCUUCUCAGUCUUAUAACUUUCAUGAUCCUCAACCUCAUCAUGUUCUCCAUCUACAACACACCAUUCCUUGAGCAUACUUACUUCCACCACGUUACGAGAAUUGAUCACCGUCAUAACUUCUCGCCCUACAACGUCCUGCUGUAUCUCACAUCCGCCACGCCUGCCAGCGCUGCACCUACAUUCCGUAUCGAGUCGUUCGCUUUUCUCCCCCAACUCCUUCUGUCAUGCGUUCUUAUCCCUGUCGCCAUCGCCAAACGCGACCUUGCGACAUCCAUGAUGGCUCAGACCUUUGCCUUUGUAACAUUUAACAAAGUUUGUACAUCUCAGUACUUCCUUUGGUAUAUGGUCUUUCUACCACUCUACCUCCCCAACUCAUCCUUUCUUCGAAACCGCAAGCUCGGUGUCUUAGCUCUGUUGCUCUGGGUUGUCUCCCAAGCCGCUUGGUUACAACAAGGAUACCAGCUAGAGUUCCUCGGCAUUAGCACCUUCUUCCCCGGUCUUUGGCUUGCCUCUCUUGGCUUCUUCUUGGUCAACUGCUGGAUUCUGGGGAUCAUUAUCAGUGACGGAGCCGCUCAGUCAACAAGAUCAACUGUCAAGUUUCACGUUGAAUAG